AAAUGAAGGACAUUUUUUCUGUCUCUUUGUAACCAUAGUAACCUCCAGGUGUUUACAGGUGGAGGCGCUGCAGGUGGAGAUCUCAGAGCUGGCAAAAAGACUCCGGUAUGAAGUUUCAGUCCGAGCGAGGGAGAGAGGCUGGACAGAGAAACAGAGCAGGUUCCAGUUCAAAAAGAAUCUGCGUCGGCUGGUCUCGGAGCUCUACGUCAGGGACAACUGUCACCCCUUCAAAGCCAGUCUGCUGGUCUGGGUCCAGAUCCCCCUGUGGAUCAGUCUGUCUCUGGCCCUCAGGAACCUAAGUCUGGAUCAGUCCGGUCUUCAGUCUGGACUGGCAGGGGGCGCUCUCUGGUUCUCUGACCUCACGUUACCGGCCACCUGGAUCCUCCCGGUCUGCCUGGGACUCACAAACCUGCUCAUCGUAGAGGUGUUUUCUCUGCAGAGACUGGAGGCGACGCGUUUUCAGAAGUAUGUGACAAACAUCAUCCGGGCGCUUUCAGUCCUGAUGAUCCCGAUAGCUGCAACAGUCCCCUCAUCCAUGUCUCUGUACUGGUUUGUGUCCAGUCUGGUCGGAUUCAGUCACAACCUCAUCCUCCGAUCUCCGUCAGUGCACAGACUCCUCAAACUGAAAACGACAAGAUCUGAAACUCCGUACAGCGAUCUGUUGUCAGCCUUCCUCAACAAAUACUUCAGAUAAACACAACAACACAACAUGUACACAGAGUCCAGAGAGCUGCUGUCAGCCAAUGUCUGCAGGGAAACACAAUUACACAACAUCUACAUUCUCUUCAGAGAGCUGCUGUCGCCUUCAUGAACGAUUACUGCAACAAGUACACACUGUACACAAAGUGUAACUUUGAACAUGAACUGAAUCAAAGUACAAUGUUAUUAAAGUAUGAAAACUGUGUAACUGUAAA